UGGAGCAGAGUGCCACUGGGUGUUGGUGCUCGGAAUGGCGCGAAGUCUUCCUGCGAAGUUUACCCCCGCGUCCAACGGAACUUGUCCAUCACGCACGGGACCCGAAUACGGCGGGAGGCGCCGUCACGCAAGCCUGAUCCGAACAGCUGCCGAGCCACUCCUGGCAAAGAAGAUAAAAGGAAGGCCGUUGGGCGUCAUCCUGUCCGUGAGCUCGCCAAAUUAAGCAUCGUCAUGUCCUCCGACCAAGUCGACAUCGCCUCGCAGGGCGUCAUAGAAGCCCGCACCGUGUACGUCGAGCCUGUUGCCUCCAAUGGCAAGGCUGGCAACGUAUCGGCGUACCUCGGCAUUCCCUUUGCGCAGCCGCCCAUGGGCGAGCUCCGAUGGCGGAAGCCGCAGGGACCGGCGCCCUCUUGGCGGCCUGCGGUGCGCAAGAGCGCCUGGCACCGCGACCCGUCGCAGGACCUCAAGCUCAAGCGGGCGAUCUGGAAGGACCGCAGCGAUGAUGGCCUCAAAGGCGAUCUCAGCAGUGAGGACUGCCUCUAUCUCGACGUCUGGGUGCCCAAGGACAAAAAGGGCCCGCUGCCCGUCAUGGCCUGGGUCUACGGCGGCGCCUUUGUCCAGGGCUCAGCGUCGCAGCCCCUCUUUGACGGUGCACGCCUCGCAAACGAGACGGGGACCAUCGUCGUCCAUCUCUCCUACCGGCUGGGCCUCCUUGGCUGGGGCGCCUCGCGCAGCCUCGCGGCGCAGCACCCCGACGAGGGCACGGGCAACUACGGCAUGUGGGACGUCAUUGCCGGUCUCGAGUGGAUCCGGGACAACAUUGCUGUGUUUGGAGGCAACAAGGACAAUGUAUGCGCCUUCGGCGAGUCGGCCGGCAGCAUCCUUCUUCACUACCUCAUCCUCUCGACACGCAUGCCAAAGAACCUCUUUUCGCGCGCCAUUCUUCAGAGCGGCACUGCGCUGACGGUGCUGCCGCGGACGCUGGCCUCGCAGCAGGCAACCUUUGACGCCGUCGCCGUCAAGCUGGGCGCCUCACCGUCCUCGUCCGACGCCGACAAGCUGGCCGUGAUGCGCAAAGCCUCUCCCGACGACCUCAUCGGGGCUGCUUCCUCCCUACCCUCGCGCCGGCCACGGACAGAAUACAGCGUCAACGAGGCCAAGGGCCGGCCGCGCGACCGGCGGCAGGCCGACGCCAAGACGAUGGAGCUGGAGCCCAUGUCGCUCUUUGGGCCCACCUGGGACGGCGUCCUGGUGCAGCCGAGCUUCCUCGAGGAGCUCCGCGCCGGGGGUCUCCCUGCUGCGGGGCUCAACAACGCACAGGAAGGCAUCAUCCUCGGCUACUGCGUCGACGAGGGCACCAUGUUCAACUUCAUGGUCCAGACGCCCAGCGCGCUCCACGACCACGUCGCCGGCUACCACCCGGCGCUGCUGGCCGACGUGCGGCGCCUCUAUGCGACGGAGCAGGUGCAGGCCAAUGGCCGCGCAUUCGACACGUGCGCCGCCUACACGGGCGACGCCCUCUUCCAAGCGCCCGUGCGUGCGCUGAUGGCGUCGCUGGCGUCGUCGCAGGGCGGCAGCGGCGGUGUGCCGGCGUACGGCUACUGCUUUGCGCACGUCCCCUCGGCGCGCCUGAGCAGGGGGCAGAACAACGCCGUGGGAAAAGAGGUCUACAAGAGCCUCGGCGUGCUGCACACGGCCGAGAUUCCCUAUGUGUUUGGCAACGACGGGAGCCAGGCCUACAUUUUUGCGCGCGACGCAUACGGUGCGCCGGGCGACUUCCGGCCCGAAGCCGAUCCCGACGACUACGAGGAAGAAGACGAAGGUGACGCGGGAUUCACAGAGGCUGAGCGGGUGCUCAGCGCGGAUCUCAUGAGGCGGUGGGGCGACUUUGCGAGCGGCAGGCAGCAGCCGUGGCGGCGUCUCGAGGCCGUGGACAAGCUCGAGGACCUGGCGAUCCUGCAGAUCGGCAGCGUCGCCCAGCGCGGUGCGGGCUCAGCAGUGGCCAAGGACGCGCUUGCGUCCGACGCCGACGCGGAGACACGGGAGAUCCCCGUCGUGGAGACGACGCUGGGCCAGACGCUGGACUGGACAGAGGCGCUCUACGACCACGCGGCCACGGGCGAGAAGCAGGCCUUCUGGUCCGGCAAUGGCUUUGCCAAUGUCCUGCUCCACUACUACGGCGAUGCCAAUCAGCCCUUUGAGCCAUGA